GCGUAUAAAUUCCAAGGUCUCAUCGGAUGAUUUCAGUCUCACUCGAUCAGCUCAACGGAGACGGGAGUAUCUGCGUUGUACACUCCGUUCGUAAAACAUGGCUAAAGUGAAACUAAUCAUCGUUAUAGUUCAACUGUCGGUUGCUUCGCUGACGAUGGCAAAUCAAAUGCAAUCACCCAUCAGAUCAGCAGGUAUGUCGAUAUUCAAUAUGUCGAUCUUCAAUGGUCCAUUCGGUGGAGGCCUGGCCUACUUUGCCGGACCUCCUUGCUUUUUGUACGGCCUGGUUCUUCAGAGACGAGACGAUUACACAUACACGCCGGGAAUCGGAGGUCACAAACUGCACACCAGAGCAGUACCUUGGAACGAGGCCCGAUUGACCUGCGAAGAGGAGGGCGGCUACUUGACGAUCAUCAAUUCGAUCGCUGAGGCGAACGCGGUGACCGAAAUCCUCAAGAAUUCGGAGCCCAUCACCGGUUCGCCGCAUCCGGAUUUCGCCGCCAUCGGUUUUCACGAUCUUUAUCACGAGGGUCAGUUCGUGACCGUUCACGGUCAGUCAUUGGCGAAGGCUGGAUUCACGGGAUUCGCGGGCGGUCAACCGGACAACGCCGGAGGCGCGGAGAACUGCGGAUCGAUUCACAAGUCCGGCAAACUGAACGAUAUCAAUUGCGGGACGCGAUUCGGAUUCAUAUGCGAGAUACCUUACACCCCUAAAGUAUCAGCCUUCUUUGUAAAACCGAACCGAGAAGAUCUCUGGAAACUUUCUCAGCGCGUCAUGAAAUCCUCGGCGUCGUUUAUUAUUCCCUUGUUGAUCUUCCUCUCCCUGGAGACAGAAGCGCAACAAUUUCACGACACUCAGGACUUUGUCUGGUCGUACCUCAUAACCCCGGGUAAGCUGAGUACGAAUCCUCAAAACGCAAUCGACCGAACAAUAAAAGAGAAAUUUUUCAUUCCAGUUCGUAACUGGUCCCAGCCUAUUCUUCCUCCGUGUCUAUUGCGUAGCCAACCGGUUUUCACGCGCGACGAUUACACAUACACGUCCGGAAUCGGCGGACACAAACUUCAUACCAGAGCACUCACGUGGAACGAAGCGCGACACACUUGCGAAGAGGAGGGCGGUCAUUUGGCUAUCGUGAAUUCGAUCGCCGAAGCGAACGCUAUCUUCGAUAUGUGGAAAAAAUCACCCCCUAUUUCGGGCACGCAUAAUCGCGAUCUCGCGUUUAUAGGUUUUCACGAUCUUUGGCAGCAAGGUGAAUAUUUAACCAUUCACGGUCAGACACUGGCGAAGGCUGGUUACACCGUAUGGGCGCCUGGUCAGCCGGAUUAUUCCCAUAGCGCGGAGAGAUGCGGAUCUUUGUACAAAGACGGUGGCCUCAACGACCUCAACUGCGGUUUGAAAUAUGGAUUCAUAUGCGAGGUGGCGAUCGCCUGAUCUUCAUCGAUCCCAUUUACAAAGAAAAAAGAGAUGUCGCGUCAAUCUUUGCAAAGUGUAACUGGAAAUGUCAUUUUCAAAUGAAUCAUCUGCGGUACCUUGAUACCCGACCUUGUCCAAUCCCGAGAUUGCGGAAUGUUAUCAAUAAAUAUUGAAAAUUGCAACACGAA